AUGCUUACUCUGGACUUCUCAGAAACACACGCAUUACUUGAAGCUAGAAGCUUCGUCUUUGUCUUCAAUCACGCCUCCUUCCUUUACUCUGCAAUGUUUUCGGAAGAAAAGCGGCAGGUAGUCCGGUCGCCAAACCUCGCCGAUUAUGCCUGGUCGCGCCCUCACGGCUUGAUCGAGCGCCCUGGCGAGUAUCCUGGAGAGCCCGAGGCGUGGGUAUACUGUGACAAGUUCUCGUACGAAGAGGGAGAGAAUGUGUCCCUCAAGGUGCACACCAACGCUGAGAAAUUCGAUAUUGAAGUGAUCCGAGACGGCCUCAAGCCUUGUACAGUCUUCACCAGAAAAGACCUGCCAGGGAAACAGCAGGACACCCCUGCCGAUGCUUAUGCAGUCGGCUGCGGCUGGGCUGAGGCUUUGAGCAUUCACCUUAACAAAGGCAGCUGGGAAUCAGCCUUCUACCUCGUCAUCAUUCGCAUCAAAGACUUCCGCGGGGCUGUCUUUGAACGUGAGGGUUUCUUCAUUAUCAAGUCCAAGGACCGAGCCACCACGGCAGGAGAAUCAGCCGACUUUGUGCUCGUACACGCAACGUCGACUAUGCUCGCUUACAAUGAUUGGGGCGGCGCCAACCACUACAGAGGCAUCCCAGAUGGUUAUCAGAAUGACGAGCCCUCGCCCCUAUCCAGCACACAGCGCCCAAUCGCUCGUGGUAUGUUGAGGAUUCCAAAGAACGCGCCCCGCGAGGCCAAUGGCGCCAUGGACGUCAAGCAUGGAGCCACACCACGAUACCCAUCACUAGAGUAUUCUUGGUACUUCCGCUACUCUAGGCAUUACGCGGAUGCAGGCUGGGCAACCUAUGAGCGACCCUUUGUUGUUUGGGCUGAGGCGAACGGGUACAAGGUCCACCAUCUCACCCAGUCUGAUCUUCACGCGGAGCCGGAUUGCCUCUCCGGCUAUCGCUGUGCCGUUUCUAUGGGCCACGACGAGUACUGGUCGUGGGAGCAGCGCGACACUCUGGACGCAUUUGUCGAUAAUGGCGGAAAGUUCGCGCGCUUUGGCGGCAACUUCAUCUGGCAAGUCCGUUUUGAUGAGGAGAUGCAAACGCAGUACUGCUACAGGGUGCCCCAGGCCGAUCCCAUUACCGAGGCCGAUCCGACCCGAGCGACCACCAUGUGGGAUUGGACGAAGAUCAACAGGCCCGGUGCUCAGUCUGUCGGCUUGACGGGCGUAAUGGGCUGCUACACGAGGUACGGCAUGGCCACGCCGCGGUCGUCUGGAGGCUUCCAGGUCUACCGUCCCCACCACUGGGCCCUUGAGGGAACCGAGUUGCGGUACGGCGACAGUUUCGGCAAGGACCCGAUCAAUAUUGCUUCUUUCGAAGUUGAUGGAUGUGACUAUACCUUCAGGAAGGGUCUUCCCUAUCCUACCGGACAGGACGGGACCCCAGAAAAUCUCGAGAUCAUCGCCAUGUGUCCCGCCGUGUUUGGAGAGACAGACGUUUCAGGUGGCAAGGAACCGAUAGGAGGCCCACUUCGUGACGUUGUCGGUUUGCUUGCAGCGUGCUAUGAAGAUAUCGACAUGCCCGAGUACCUUAAGGAUCGUGAAUACGGUUCCGGCAUGGUUGCUAGUUUCUCGAGAAACAAGGGACAGGUUUUCUGCGCGGGUUCAUGCGAAUGGGUUGCGGGUCUCAUAUACCGCGACGUUUUUACAGAAAUGAUCACCAAGAAUGUGCUCGAUAAGUUCACGUCCACACAGUGA